AUGGACGAGUCGGCGCUCCGCGUCCUCGCCGUGCCCAAGGACCCCAUCCUGGGCCAGAUCCACGGCGUCGAUCCCAGGACCGGCGUCUACCCGACGCCGGCCUUCAGCCCCGUCGCCGUGCAGAGCGACACGGUCUUCGGGAGUCCGAAGAAGCUCGAGCUUGGGGAAACCCAGAUCUGGCAGCAGUCGACGGACGAGUCGCACGGCGUGCCGCUGACCACGAUUCCCUUUACACGAAGCGUGCCGCGGACGUCGCAUUCUCAUCCGUUGCCGCCUCGCAACAAGGAGAGCCUGGCCUACGAUACCCCUAGGAAAUGGGUGAGAGUGCGGGACCCGGCCAAGCACUGGGAGUUAAGGCGCUCUUAUGGCCGUGCGAACAAGGCGUUGCUAGACAGGUACCGGUUCCACGGCAUUAAAAAGAAGAACCUCCAGCCGGCCUGGCAGACGUGGGAGCGGCUGAACUCGUCGCCGACGCGGCAGUUGCGACCGGCCACCGCUGGUUCGAAGGGCGCCUACUACCGCAUCCCGCGGCCCGGGACGUCCCGACCGGUCAUCCCGCGGGAGGGGCCGCCGGACCCGACGCUGGUCAUCGCCACGUACAACUCCAUCUCCGGGAAGCAGCCGUACGUCUGCGGCCGCGGCAAGCACGGCACGUUUCCGCCCUCGCUCACGCCCCCGUCGUGAGUUGCGUACAUAACCCUCCCCGCUCGACACGUAAGGCUCACUAUAGGGAUAUUAGGAACUUGUUCGUUUUCCGGCUUAUCUCGCGGGUUUUUACCAGCUACAAAAUUUGGCCCAUUGGACAGCCAUAGACACCAAAAUAAGCAUGCUCAGACCGGCGUCUGCGACUUCUGCGACUUCUUCGCUAACUUGCCGACAGACGCGGCGCUCGACGAGUGCAAAAACCCAUCAAUUUCGUCGUGUGUGGCCAGAGGACAGGGGCCGCGCGCGAGCGCUCGCGCGUUGAAAACGCGACGGCGUUGACCACUCGCGCCUCCGCAGGAACCGUCUCCUCGUCGCGCUCGCCGGCCUCUUCAGCGCGCCGUUUGUCGUCGACGCGUUCGUCGAGUAUGAACCGCCGGCUCAGCCUGUUCUCGUGAAGCCGACAUUCUGGGGCGGCGAGGCGUGCAGCGGGCCUCUGCCCCCCUGUGAGCCACCGAAGUGUACAUGCCUCCGGCUAACCAACGGUGAAUGCAGCAGGCGUAACCUGAAUGGCGUCGGCGACUUCUUCGACCCGGAGCUCGGCUGGUGUACCAAUCAAAAGUGCGCACCGUUCCUCGCGUCGCGCUUCGAUCCCGACGCGGACGGCCUGACCCCGGAGCAGCAGAAUGUCUACGAUCCGGCGGCCUCGGCCUUCGUCCUCGAAGAGGGCGUCUGCACCGCCCUGCCUCACCUCUCGACGGUGAUCACGACUUCUGAUCCGCGUCUGCCGGACGAAAAUUUACCCCACUCGUACAAGUUCACCUGCACCGACGCAUGCAAAGGCCAGCUCGCCUGGUACGUUGGCUCCGACGAUUGCGACGCGAGCAAGAUCCCCCAGCUCCCGGGAUUCGAAGGUUCGUUGGACAUCAAGGAAGGCGACCCCGACACGUUGCGGACCUUCACGUUCGAGGGCGCCUCGGCCUGCUUCGCAUCCUCGACGACGUUCGGACUCCUAGGCCUCGGCUCCCUAUCGAUGACCUACACGGCCGAGCCGUGCCCGUGCGAGUGA